CGAUUCACGUUGUCGGUCGGACCCACCCGCACGUUCUGGUCUCCGCCGCCUUCUCAAGGCCGCCUCACGCCCUCCUUUACCUACUUACCUCCAACCCAAAGGCCGGACACUGAAGUAACACCCAAAUGUACCCCCGAGCGAUUAACGUAAUACCCGUCUCCUCUUGCCCAUUUCUCCAGUCAAACCCGUCCCAGGUUAGGGGUAUUCCAGUCUAUCUACUCAGAACCGGCGCCCCCCUCACGGUUUCCCCCGAUGACGGACUUCGACGACGGCCGGUCAAGAUCUCCGCCGGCCGCCGAGGCGGGAUCUCCGUCUCGGUGCCGGUCGCUUCGUUCCUCCGCGGCGAUCGCUCCGCAUCAGUCGGUGUCUCGGCGGAGAUGGCGGCGGUGGAGGCGGUGGGAAAGCGUGGCGCGGCGGUGAUGGUGACUCUGGCAGCGGCGGCGGCGGCGGCCGCGGCGGUCGCUUUCUCCUUCGGCUCGGCCGUCAAGGCCUCCGCAAUCGAGGAAGCAUUCGUCAAGGAUACCGUAUCGUCCCACGAUAUCGUCAUAUUCUCCAAGUCCUAUUGCCCGUAUUGCAGAAGAGCAAAAGCUGUUUUCAGAGAAUUGAACAAGGUACCACAUGUUGUUGAGCUGGACCAGAGAGAAGAUGGAUCAAAUAUACAAGAUGCCUUAGCUGUUAUUGUCGGAAGGCGGACCGUUCCACAAGUGUUUAUCAAUGGAAAGCACUUGGGUGGCUCUGAUGAUACCGUAGAAGCAUAUGAAAACGGUAGGCUGGCAAAGCUUCUAGGUAUUGAUGACCUCUGAAUCCUCCAAUCUGAGAGCAUCUAUCAUUCUCUUUUCCAAUUGUAUUGUGUGUGAUUGUAAGCUGAAUGUUCUGCUGCAUUUGAUGUUGAUAUUUAAGUGUGUUGACUUAAAUGCACACACUCAGUAUUGGAAAUGUAUUUUCCUUUUAAGCAGACUCACGAAGCUACGUUCUUCCUCUGUCACAGUCUUGCCGGUUGGAACUUGAACCAUCCGUAGAUCCAACAACAGUAAACUGAUUACUCUGA